AUGGACGUGUGGGGCCCAGCCCGCGUCCGUGGACAGGGUCAGGAGCGCUACUUCCUGCUUGUUGUUGACGACUACUCGCGUUACACCACAGUCGUCCCCUUGCGCAGCAAGGGUGAUGUCACUGCGGUGCUGAUCGACUGGAUCCGCGCAGCUCGUCUCCAGCUCAGGCAGAGCUUUGGCUCUGACCUUCCUGUUUUACGUCUGCACUCGGACAGAGGCGGAGAGUUCUCCUCUGGCCUUCUGCGUGCCUACUGCCGUGCACGAGGCAUCCGUCAGACCUUCACGCUUCCGGACUCACCGCAGCAGAAUGGGAUUGCAGAGCGCCGCAUUGGCAUGGUCAUGGACGUCGCUCGUACGUCCAUGAUGCAUGCAGCAGCUCCCCAUUUUCUGUGGUUGUUUGCGGUCAGGUACGCGGCGCAUCAGAUCAACCUCCACCCCAGGGUCUCCAGACCGGAGACCUCCCCAGCCCUGCUGUGGACGGGGAAGAUUGGCGAUGCGUCGGCGUUCCGGGUCUGGGGAUCUCGUGCGUUUGUUCGCGACUUGUCUGCGGACAAGCUGUCCCCUUGCGCUGCUCCCUGCGUCUUCCUGGGGUUCCCCCCCGACGCCCCUGCGUGGCAGUUCUACCACCCCACCUCUCGCCAUGUUCUAUCCUCCCAGGACGUCACGUUUGACGAGUCGGUACCCUACUACCGCCUCUUCCCCUACCGCACUCCGUCCCUCCCACCGCCCCCGCUCUUUCUUGUCCCAGGUCCCCCCCCGGUAGACCCCCUUCCCCCUCAGGGUCCUGCCCCGUCAGGUGUGUCCCAGGUAGACGCAGUCGAGCCUGUUGAGGUCACUGGUGACUCUGGUGCUGCUGGAGGUGCUGAGCCUGGGGGUGCUACGUCUGGGGGUGCUGAGCCUGGGGGUGCUGAGCCUGGGGGUGCUGAGCCUGGGGGUGCUACGUCUGGAGGUGCUGAGCCUGGGGGUGCUACGUCUGGGGGUGCUGAGCCUGGGGGUGCUGAGCCUGGGGGUGCUACGUCUGGGGGAGUUGCGCGAGUGGUUUGCCCGGCGCUGGAGCCGUGCUUCUGGUGCUACUGGAGUCACAGUCACAGCUACAGCCUGCCUCCCCUUUGCCUGCUCCGUCUCCCUACGCUGGUCCUACUGGAGGUCUUACUGAGCGUCGUGAGCCUGCGUCUCGUCCCGCGUCGCCUGUUCGUCCUGCGCGCGCUAGUGGUCGCGGUUCGCGUCAGCGUCCUCCUCCUGUCCCUGGCACGCACCGGAUGUCCCUGCGUCCGACCACUGCUCCUCUGCGUGCCCCUUUGCCUUCCCCUCCUGCGUCCUCUCUUCCUGCUCUUGCCGACCCUGCGUCGGACUCUCUUCGUGCUGCCAGUCCUUCUGUCACGCGUCUCCUUGCUACUGCCGUCACUGACCCUUCUUUUCGAGUCCACUGCUGCGUCUGCCCUUGUCACUGAGCUCGUCGACUUUGCUGCUCGCUGUCGUCUAGACUACGCUGCUAGUCUCGUCGUUGAGUCUGAGUCCGCCUGUCCUCCGUCCGUCGGGGGUGAGUGUGCCCUUGGCACGGACGUCCUUGAGGACAGCCAGGAGGAGUUCUUGUGCCUAGCAGCCGCUUCACCUCAUCUCGUGUCCGUACUGCUCACUUCUGAGGGAGACCCGGAUGCACUUGACAUCCCGACUCCGCGCUCUUACGCGGAGGCGAUAGAGGGUCCCUACUCCUCUCAGUGGCAGGCAGCUAUGGAUACAGAGAUGGCUUCCUGGAAGUCCACAGGCACCUACGUUGACGCAGUUCCCCCUCCUGGGGCGAACAUAGUCAGUGGCAUGUGGAUCUUCAGGGUGAAGCGGCCACCGGGUUCUCCGCCUGUCUUCAAGGCGCGUUACAUGACCACUCUUCGGGUACUACUGCACGUUGCUACUCACCGUGACUACGAGCUGCACUCUCUCGACUUCAGCACUGCUUUCUUGCAGGGCAGCCUGCACGAGGAGAUCUGGCUACGCCGCCCUCCUGGCUUCACUGGGUCUUUCCUUCCUGGUACCCAGUGGAGUCUCCGGCGGCCAGUCUACGGUCUCAGCCAGGCGCCGCGUGAGUGGCACGACACACUGAGGACUACGCUGGCGGCACUUGGGUUUGCUCCUUCUACUGCCGACCCGUCGCUGUUUCUACGCACCGACACUUCUCUGCCGCCGUUCUACAUCCUCGUGUACGUCGACGACUUGGUCUUUGCCACAGCUGACACUGCUGGACUCGCCUACGUGAAGUCCGAGCUGCAGAAGAGACACACGUGCACUGACCUGGGUGAGCUGCGCAGCUACCUUGGCUUGCAGAUCACCCGGGACAGAGCACGCCGCACCAUCACCCUGACUCAGUCACACAUGGUGCAGCAGGUCCUUCAGCGCUUCGGCUUCACGUACUCCUCGCCUCAGGCCACUCCUCUGCCUACUCGCCACUCGCUCUCAGCUCUGCCUUCGGAUGAGUCCGUAGAGUCGAGUGGCCCGUAUCCAGAGCUUGUCGGCUGCCUCAUGUACCUGAUGACCUGCACACGACCUGACCUUGCAUACCCUCUUAGCAUUCUUGCACGCUAUGUUGCUCCUGGGAGACACAGACCAGAGCACAUGGCUGCAGCGAAGAGGGUGUUGCGCUACUUGUGCAGUACGUCGGGCAUGGGGCUAGUGCUUGGAGGGCGCAGUCCAGUGGUCCUCACUGGGCACGCGGACGCUUCUUGGCCUGACGACCAGGCUACGCAGCGGUCGUCACAGGGUUACACUUUCAGUCUUGGUUCCGGCUCUGUUUCGUGGCGGGCUACCCGCUCGUCUUCUGUUCUCGGCUCCAGUUGUGAGGCUGAGAUCUACGCCGGGGCUAUGGCUGCCCAGGAGCUUCGCUGGCUCACCUACCUGCUGACCGACCUUGGAGAGCCGCCUCGUUCUCCUCCAGUCUUGUACGUAGACAACAAGGCCAUGCUGGCCUUGUGUCGAGAGCAGCGACUGGAGCACAGGAAAAAGCACACUGCUCUCCGCUACUUUCUUGCGCGUCAGCUGCAGCAGCGUGGACAGUUGCGUCUUGCGUACGUGGCCUCUGAGGCCAACACUGCUGAUGUCUUCACCAAGGCACUUGCGCCUUGUGAUCAUCAGCGUUGUUGCACGCAAUUGGGUCUUGUGCCUGUCUUGCCUCACUUGCUCUCCUCUUGA